GACCAAAAUCAUUUCAACUGUGACUCGAAUUCUAACCUUCAGUGUGCUGUGAGCCUGUGACUUGUCCCUUGUGCUCUAUAAACAUUCAAUAGUUUCAAUCAAAACACAAAAACCAGAGCUGAAAUUCACAUCACUUUGCUGCAUCCAAAUAACCAAACUCCUAACAAUGGCGGCAGAGCAUGGAGAAGUGAGGCUGUUGGGGAAAUGGGCAAGCCCAUUCAGCAACAGAGUCGACCUUGCUCUGAAACUCAAAGGAGUUCCUUACAAUUACUCAGAGGAAGAUCUAGCUAACAAGAGUGCUGAUCUUCUCAAAUACAACCCUGUUUACAAGAAGGUCCCAGUUCUUGUUCACAAUGGAAACCCACUUGCAGAGUCUCUUGUCAUUCUUGAAUACAUAGAUGAGACAUGGAAAAACAACCCCUUUUUGCCUCAAGAUCCUUAUGAGAGAGCAGUUGCUCGUUUCUGGUCUAAGACCCUCGAUGACAAGAUUUUGCCUCCUAUAUGGAAUGCUUGCUGGAGCGAUGAGAAGGGGCGCGAGAAAGCUGUGGAAGAAGCCCUGGAAGCUCUGAAGUUACUGCAGGAUCAGCUGAAGGACAAUAGGUUCUUUGGAGGAGAGACCAUAGGAUUGGUAGAUAUUGCUGCCAAUUUCAUUGGAUAUUGGGUUUCUAUAUUACAAGAAAUUGCAGGGUUAGAGUUGCUUACUGUUGAGAAAUUUCCCAAGCUGUUUAAAUGGAGCCAAGAAUUUGUCAACCACCCUGUGAUCAAGGAAGGCCUUCCUCCCAGAGAUGAAUUGUUUGCUUUUUUCAAAGCAUCACAAAAGAAGUAGAAGCAAUUUAGAUGUACGAUUCUUGAUGUGUUACCAUAAUUUUCCUGAUAAGGUUGCUGCUUUACGGUCACAAGUUCGAACUGUGGAAUCGGUCUCUUGCAAAAAUGCAAGGUAUGACUGCCUACAUUUGAUCCACAAAGUGAGACCGGCCCUUCCUUGGAUCUCGCGCAUAGGAGUAGCUUUAUAGCACUAUGUUUGCUCUUUUUAAUUUUCCUGAUAAAUAAUCAUCUUGCAUUGUUCAAGGACAUCUUGCAUUCUGGUUGUGGAUUGCAGUUAUCUGUUAUUCCAGUUUCAAGUCAAAAAGUAGUUUUCUGUA